AUGGGGGUGAUAUGCGAUUACAAGAACUCAGCAAGAGAGUUCUCACAGCCUCUGUCACCUCAGUUCUCCAACUUCCUACCUACACGUGGUGCCCCUGUUAAGCCGAGCAACUCAGCGGAAGGUUGGAGAUGGUGCAAAGAGAAGCACUGCAUAGGAACAUGGAAUGUAAGAUCCAUGUAUCAAGGAAAACUAGACAUAGUGAAAAGAGAAAUGGAGAAAAUUAACAUCGACAUAUUGGGAAUAAGUGAAAUGAGGUGGACUGACAUGGGAGAAUUUGCUUCGGAUGGCCAUAUGGUGUAUUAUUCUGGGCACGAUAACAACAGAAGUAAUGGAGUAGCCUUCAUAGUUAGUGAUAAAGUGAGAAAAGCUGUGAUCGGAUGCAAAUAUAAAAAUGAUAGAAUGAUGUCCAUCAGACUUCAAGGUCAGCCCCUCAACAUCACAGUAAUUCAAGUUUAUGCACCAACAACCGAUGCUGAAAAGGAAAUUAUUGACCAGUUCUAUGGAGAUUUACAAGAAUUACUACUGUCAACACCAAAAAAGGAUAUCGUCUUCAUAGUUGGAGAUUGGAAUGCAAAAGUGGGAAAUGAAGCUGUAGAAGGUAUAACAGGGAAAUAUGGUCUUGGUACAACAAAUGAAGCUGGACAGAGACUCCUAGAAUUCUGCCAAGAAAAUUCAUUGAUAAUUACUAAUACACUGUUUCAACUACCAAAACGACGCCUAUAUACCUGGACUUCGCCAGAUGGCCAACACCGGAACCAAAUUGAUUACAUACUUUGUAAUCAGAGGUGGAAGAGCGCGGUUCAGUCAGCUACAACAAGACCUGGUGCUGACUGCGGAUCAGAUCAUGAGCUCCUGAUUGCAAAAUUUCAGAUGAAACUUCAGAAUGUACCAAAAAUUCGUUCGGCAAAUCAGUAA